AUGACUCUGGAGAAGCACACCUACGCACUGUUUGGCAACCGGACGCUCCAUGUGGGCUACUAUACGGACGUGAAGAACAGCCCGACGCUGCGACAAGGUCUACUGGACAAGAAGUUCGACGUCGCACUGAUCAAUGCACACCUGAUCGCCGGCCCAUUCCAGGUCCAUGCUGCUGCCUCGCGAGCUCUAUUGUGCGAUGCGUCCAACCGCCUGACCACGCGCAGUCUGCACGCCGAGUUGGUCUUCAACAUGUCUGGGUCGCGUAAUGUGUCCGAGUCCUUCAAGCGCUUCGGAGUCAACGACGACACCACAUCGCUCGUGAUCUGCGUGUUUGACGCUGACGAGGCGACGCUAGAGGAGGCGGAGACACUGGUGGAAGGCAUGCAGGUGCCAUUCGAAGAGCUCGGCACGCACCUGACCGACAGCGACAUCAAACUUAUCAAGAAAUUCUACAAGAUCUCGGAGCAGGAGCUCACGCAGUCGUCGCUCGUCGACGCUGCAACGUGCAGAAUAGCUACCAAGAGCUGCAGCAAGUGA